AUGGAUUUUCCUUCUCUUCCACCUGAUCAGCAGGAGCCAGCUGAUUGCUUGUCCCCGCCUUCCAUGGUGAACCAACCUGAAGGAGACUCUGCCAAUCGGCGACAUUUUCCUGAUACCAUUUUCAACGAAAUGGCAGAGCUGCUCAUGGAGGAGGACAUGGCGGAAAUAUUCAUCGAUCCAUUGGCUCUCCGAGUCACCGAGGAAUCGUUGUACGAAGUUCUGGAUAAGCGGUAUUCUCCUUCACCCGAACAGCCCACGCCUUUCUGCAGUGUUCCUACUAGCAACUCUGUUCUUCACUCCACUUCGGCAUCCACCUCAAAAAUGCCCAUCAGUGGGAGAUCUGCCGUUGCGCCUAUGGAGCCUCAUGUAAGUUCAACACCUUCUUCUUCAAAUCCUUUAAUUAACCACAACGAGUCCGUAUUUCUGUUUCAAAGAGGGGUACAGGAAGCUAGUAAGUUCCUUCCAAACAAUGAUUUGGAAAAGUCUAAGUGCACGUGGCUUCCAAAGUGCAAGGGCGGCGACGCUGAUGAGCCGGAGGCGAAGAAUAAUCACGAGUCAUUGAGAGAUGAUGAAUCCAUAAUGUUUUUUAGGAGAGGGGUUGAGGAAGCUAGUAAAAUCCAUCCAGUUAUUGAUUUCGGCAACUAUUACUCUGCUCUGCCGCCAGGAUCCAAGGAGCCUGACGGUGGAAUGGGGAAGAAUAAUCAUGACAGGGAGGAAACAGAUGCAGAAGGAGGGAGGAGUAACAAGCAGCUGGCGGUUCGUGCGGAAGAGGAGGAGUUGUCGGAGAUGCUCGAAAAGGUUUUUCUCUUUCCGGAGGAUGAUAAGGAGCAGCAGGCCAUAAUUGAUACUGAUUGGAAGGCUGCACAUGAAAUGCUGAAGGAGAUUAGGCAGUACUCUUCUCCUUUUGGGGAUGAAACUCAAAGGAUUAGCCAUCAUUUUGCCGAUGGUAUUGAGGCACGAUUGGCGGGAGUUAGGAAUCAAAUUUAUCGUUCCUGGUAUUCUAAGAUACCGUCGCCCGAUGCUAUGUUUAAAUCUUAUCGGGCAUUUGCUUCGGCCUGCCCAUUCAGAAGGAUUAGUUUAUAUUUUGCGAACCAUAACAUUUUGGAUGUAACUAACGGAGCAACCAAGAAUCACAUCAUAGAUUUUGGUAUACAACUUGGAUUCCAAUGGCCCAUCAUUGUGCGCGAUCUCUUAGCGAGAGUUGGUGGGCCUCCCAAACUUCGCAUUACAGGACUUGAGAUCCCUCUAUCAAGAUUUUGGAGUUCACAAAAAGUUGGGGAGAUGGGACGUCAUAUGGCAAAGUAUUUUGAGCACUUUAAUAUUCCAUUUGAGUACAAUGCUAUAGAUAAGAAAUGGGAUACUAUUUAA